GCGGGUCACGUGCCGCGGCGGCGGAGGGAGGCGGCGGCGGAGCGGCGCUGGGUGUCCCGGUGUCCCCGGGCCGAGCGCGACACCCCCCCCCCCCUCCGUCCGCUCCCCUCCCGCCCCGCGUCCGCCCGCCCGCGACACCGGCCCCGCGGGCCCCGCUCGCUGAGGCGGACCCGCUCUCCUCGCGGCGGCCGUGGCGGAGGCGGCGGCGGCGGCAGCAGCAGCAGCAGCAACAGCGGCAGCUCCAGGAUUACAUUUUUGGGAGUUGCUGUUUAACCAUGUUUGCCAGUCUGGAAUUACCUGAAGACCUGUUGCAUGCCACAAAGUACUGAAGUUGUGGAUUUUUUUUUUGGUCAACUGGAAUACUUCUCAAGUCACGUGCAGCAGGAUUCUGUGAGGAAACCACUUCUGUUUGUUCUAGUGGACAAACAGCUUGGAUACUGCCAUGGCCCUCAUCUUCAAAGUGACACAGUUUGUCUUGCAGACCCUAGCACUAGGUCACCCGCAUCAUCUGAACGUCUGACAGGCUCCCUUUGUUGGAAACAAUGGUUUUGGAUGAUCUACCUAACCUAAAGGAUACAUAUGCCUCCUUGUACUCCUCAGCUAUGGAAGACUUAGAGGUGGAUUUUGAUUCAGGACUGGAGGAAGAUGAACUAAAACAGGAGGCUGCUCCUGAGGAUUCCACGAUCUUUGUAGCUUUUAAAGGAAAUAUAGGUGACAGAGACUUUGAGCAGAAACUAGAUAUCAUACUGGAGAAUGUGCCUGGCCUUUUACACAUGGAAUCCAACAAGUUAAAACUGCAGAAGAUCGAGCCUUGGAACAGUGUCCGUGUCACCUUCAAUAUACCCCGGGAAGCUGCCGAGCGGCUGCGAAUUCUGGCUCAGAAUAAUAACCAACAGCUUCGCGACCUGGGAAUUCUCUCAGUUCAAAUUGAAGGGGAAGGUGCUAUCAAUUUAGCUUUAGCUCAGAACAGAAGCCAGGAUGUCCGAAUCAACGGGCCCCUGGGAGCAAGCAACUCGGUGCGAAUGGAAACGGGGUUUCCCAUGCAAGGGGGACAAGGUUUAAUAAGAAUGAGCAAUGCUGCAGCUGUCAUGAUGUCCCAGGGUGGAAAUGUGCCCUCCUCUAUGGUGGCAAGUGGUGCUAGUGCUGAGCUGCAGCCAAGAACACCUCGGCCUUCCUCACAGCCAGAUGCAAUGGACCCACUCUUAUCUGGGCUAAAUAUCCAGCAGCAAAAUCAUCCAUCUGGAUCUUUAGCUCCCCAGCUCCAUUCAAUGCAGUCAGUUCCUGUAAACAGGCAGAUGAACUCAGCCAACUUUCAGCAGCUACAGCAGCAGACGCAGUUGCAGACACGUCCUCCCCAGCCACAUCAGCAGCCACAGCAGGGUAUUCGACCUUCAUUUACUUCACCAGCACAGGUUCCAGUUCCUCCUGGCUGGAACCAGCUUCCUUCUGGAGCGCUUCAGCCUCCUCCAACCCAGGGAGCAUUGGGUACAUUGACAGUAAACCAGGGUUGGAAAAAGGCCCCAUUGCCUGGACAAAUGCAGCAGCAACUUCAAGCAAGACCAUCUCUAGCAACAGUACAAACUCCUACUCAUCCUCCACCUCCAUAUCCUUUCGGAAGCCAACAAGCUUCCCAGGCUCACUCAAACUUUCCCCAAAUGAGCAAUCCUGGCCAGUUUACUGCUCCUCAAAUGAAAAGCCUUCAGGGAGGGCCCUCACGGGUUCCUACGCCACUACAACAACCCCACCUGACCAACAAGUCUCCUGCUUCCUCUCCCUCCUCCUUCCAGCAGGGAUCUCCUGCCUCAUCUCCAACAGUUAACCAGCCACAGCAGCAGAUGGGACCAAGGCCUCCCCAGAGUAGCACGCUUCCCCAGGGAUUUCAGCAGCCUGUCAGUUCUCCUAGUCGUAAUCCUAUGGUGCAGCAGGGGAACGUGCCCCCCAACUUCAUGGUGAUGCAGCAGCAAAACCAAGCUCCGCAAGGUUUACACCCUGGUUUAGGAGGAAUGCCCAAGCGCCUCCCGCCGGGGUUCCCUGCAGGCCAGGCCAACCAGAACUUCCUGCAAGGUCAGGUGCCUUCCACAGCUCCAGCCCCAGCGGUGAACAGUGGCGCGCCGCAGCUGCAGACCAGCCAAAACGUGCAGCACACAGGUGGCCAAGGAUCUGGACCUCCUCAAAAUCAGAUGCAAGCACCACAUGGCCCACCAAAUAUGAUGCAGACCAAUCUAAUGGGACUUCAUGGAAAUAUGAACAACCAGCAGGCGGCUGCUAGUGGGGUGCCACAAGUUAACAUGGGCAACAUACAGGGACAGCCUCAGCAAGGACCACAGUCUCAGCUUAUGGGAAUGCACCAGCAAAUUGUGUCCUCUCAAGGACAGAUGGUAAACAUUCAGGCUCAGGGAUCGAUGAACCCUCAAAACCAGAUGAUACUUUCUCGAACUCAGCUCAUGCCGCAAGGCCAAAUGAUGGUGGCACCACAAAACCAAAAUCUUGGUCCUUCUCCCCAACGGAUGACCCCACCCAAACAGAUGAUUCCCCAGCAGGGACAACAGAUGAUGUCUACACACAAUCAAAUGAUGGGACCUCAGGGCCAGGUCUUGUUACAGCAAAAUUCAAUGAUGGAACAGAUGAUGACCACUCAAAUGCAAGGAAAUAAACAGCCUUUUAAUACUCAAAGCCAGUCCAAUGUUAUGACGGGGCCAGCUCAACUGAUGAGAGGACCAACCCCAAACAUGCAAGGAAACAUGGUGCAGUUCACUGGGCAGAUGAUGGCGCAGCAAGGCCCUGUGAAUGGUAAUCCUUCUCAGGUUAUGGGAAUUCAAGGGCAGGUGUUAAGACCCACUGGACCUGGUCCUCAUAUAUCUCAGCAACUUGGGGAUACCGCUACUACAACAAAUAAUGAUGUGAACUUGACCCAGAUGUUACCCGACGUUCCUGUGCAGCAGCCAAACAUGGUGCCUUCUCAUAUGCAAGCAAUGCAAGGAAACAACAAUGCUUCAGGGAGUCAUUUCUCUGGCCAUGGGCUGCCUUUCAAUACAGGGUUUAGUGGAACGCCAAAUGGGAAUCAGAUUUCCUGUGGGCAGAAUCCUGUUUUUCCUGUCAAUAAAGAUGUUACACUCACAAGUCCGCUCUUGGUUAACCUUCUGCAAAGUGAUAUAUCAGCAGGACACUUUGGCGUGAACAACAAACAAAAUAAUCAGAAUGCCAACAAGCCAAAGAAGAAGAAGCCUCCAAGGAAGAAGAAAAACAAUCAACAACUAGAGCAAACAACUUCUUCAGAACCGCGUCCAGCUGGCCUGGAGGAGAGCGAUCAGUCGUCGAUGUCUGGAGAUCAAGGAAUGAACUUAGAUAAUUCAGGCCCCAAGCUUCCUGAUUUUGCAAGUAGGCCACCAGGUUAUCCAUCUCAGCCAGUGGAACAAAGACCACUUCAGCAGAUGCCACCUCAACUCAUGCCGCAUGCGCAGCAGCCACAGCCGCAGCCACAGCAGCAGCCACAGCCACCACCACAGCAAGCCCAGGCACCACCACAAACACCGCAGCAGCAGCAGCAGCAGCAGAUGAUGAUGAUGCUUAUGAUGCAGCAGGAUCCCAAGUCAGUCAGGCUCCCUGUACCACAAGGAGUUCACCCACCUAGAGGGCCUCUGAAUCCAGAUGCUCAACGAAUGCCGAUGCAGCAGAGUGGUAACAUGCCAGUAAUGGUUAACCUCCAGGGUCCUGGGUCAGUGCCUCCAUCUCCUGAUAAACAAAGAAUUUCCUUGCCAGGCAAUCCUCCCCUGGGAAAUAAUGCAAGAAAAAUGGUUUAUCAAGAUAAUGUCCAGAAUCCUUCCAGCUCACCCCUUGGAGAGGUUUCAUCAGUUUCCUCCCUUCCAGAAGGAGGUGGAGCUGAAGGCCCCCCAGCGUCAGCAGCUCAGAAUAAUCUGACAUCUCAUUUAGUAGUUUCACAAAACCAACUAAUGAUGACAGGACCCAAAACUGGACCAUCCCCACUUUCAACUGCCCAAGGUGCAAGUCCCCAGCAGCAGUCGAAUUCUCUGCCUAGUGCUCUUACACACCAUUUUCCAAACGUUGCCACCCCAUCACAAACUGCAAGGCCUAAAACCCCAAACAGAGCAAGCCCAAGGCCAUACUAUCCUCAGACUCCUAAUAACCGUCCACCUAGCACGGAACCAUCAGAAAUCAGCUUGUCUCCAGAGAGACUCAAUGCUUCUAUAGCUGGUCUCUUCCCUCCCCAGAUUAAUAUUCCUUUACCUCCCAGGCCUAAUCUCAAUAGAGGAUUUGAUCAGCAGGGUCUUAAUCCCACUACUUUGAAGGCCAUUGGACAAGCCCCAUCAAAUCUCACCAUUAACAAUCAGUCUAGUUUUGCUUCUCCACAGUCACACAAAUUGGAAAGCGUGGUCAUUAAUUCAGGAAAACAAACCAACACUGGAGGAACAAAGAGAGCAAGUCCAAGCAAUAGUCGAAGGUCCAGUCCUGGAUCCAGUAGGAAAACUACCCCAAGUCCUGGCAGACAGAAUUCAAAAGCAGCUAAAUUAUCAUUGACAACCCCGCAGAAUCCAUCUCUCUUGCAGAACAUGGAAUUACAAAGAAAUAUGAUGGCUGGUCCCUCUUCUUUGCCAACACCUGUGACUUCAAGUUUCCAAAAUAACAACAUGCUGAGUAAUCAGAAUCCUACAGUUUCUGUACCUGCUGUGACUGGCAUUCCUGAAGACAAUAAAGAGAGCCUUAGUGUGCCUCAAGAUAACGAGUGUCAGAGUACACAGGGUGUCCAAGCUAACAAAGACCAGCCCAGUGUUGAACUAAAAGGAAUCCCUACUCCAGAAAUGAAAAUGUUGGUUCCAGAAGAACAGCCAAAAAAAGAUGGGCAAGCCUUGGACACCAGUAAGCUUCCAGUCUUGGAGGAAAGUAAACCCAUGGUAUCUCCAGCUAUGAGGGAGGCACCAACGUCUUUAAGUCAACUUCUUGAUAAUUCUGGAGCCCCUAACGUAACCAUUAAGCCUCCUGGGCUGACUGGUCUUGAAAUGGCACCUAUAGUUACCACUAGUGAGGAGCUAAAGAAGAUAGCUGUCAUUCCUCCACUGCAGGAUUCAUCCUCGAGCAAAGAGCCAUCUAAUUCACUUAGCUUGCCUCAGAAUAAUGAGCCCUGUUCAACUCCAGGGCACCAGGAACUGGGAGAAAUAAACUCAAGCGUUGCACAGAGUGUUCCUCCAGUAAUGCAGAGGCCUGUCAGCUCCUCUUCUAUUUCAGGUCCUUUACCUCCCAACCAGAUAACAGUUUUUGUAACUUCAAACCCUAUUACGUCUUCUGCUAAUACAUCAGCACCGUUGCCAUCUCACUUGCAGCCUGCAUUGGUGUCAACGGUUGUCACAAUGCCCAAUGUAGGGAACAAAGUCAUGGUGUCUGAGGGACAGUCAGCAGUUCAGUCUAAUGCUCGGCCACAGUUUAUUACCCCCGUUUUUAUAAACUCAUCAUCAAUAAUUCAGGUUAUGAAGGGCUCUCAGUCAAGUACGAUUCCAGCAGCCCCCAUGACUUCUAACUCUAGUCUGAUGCCUCAGUCGGUCGCGGUCGUUGGGCCUUUGCAUAUACCGCAGAAUAUAAAGUUCUCCUCCGCACCCGCUCCUCCCAGCACAUCAUCCAGCAGUCCUGUUUCUAGUAUUCCUACCAGCAGGCCACUGGUUCUUAAUCCCUUGGCACCUCCUGUUCAGCUGCCUUCUCCCGCUACAACUUCUUCCAAUGCUCCCUCAAAUCUCCCUGCUCAACAAGGCAAAGACUUCAGCCCAGAGGAGACUUCUUCUCAAAGUGGUGGGUCAAGUGACCAGUGCUCUGUUACAGCAACACAGUCAGGACCUGUUGUUUCACCUCUUCUGACGAGUAGUCCAGGAUCUGGGAACAGACGCAGCCCUGUUUCAUCAAGUAAGGGGAAGGGAAAAGUAGAUAAGAUUGGCCAACUCUUGUUGACUAAAGCAUGCAAGAAAGUCACUGGCUCCCUUGAGAAAGGGGACGAGCAAUAUGCUUUGGAUGGUGAAACAGAAGGACAGGGACUAGAAACAUUGGCCCCAAACAGUUUGGGAACAGAGCAGUUACCAGCAGAACUAGAUAAUAAAACUGUGACACCGCCAGCACCCAGUCUUCUAAAACAGAGCACUUCUGGGCCUGGCAGUUCGGGUGCCAGCACCACGGCUGCUGCUCCUGCCUCCACGUCUCCGAGCACAUCAACAAGCACUCCUCCUACCAGCGUGCCACCGGUUGUAACCACUCCCGCAGCCCCAGACCUCACACCCGCAGCACCAAGCACUAAUGGCAGUAACCACGGUGGUGUACCGGCUGAGCAAACCGGGGCUGGUGUGGUGGAGGAAAAAGCAGGAGCACAUCAGGAACUGCUACAGAAUGCAGCAUCCUCUCAACCUUUAACACAGAAAAAAAGUUCAGUUCCAACAUCAGAAAGUACUGUUCAAAGAACAGAACUUGAAACAAAUGCUCCGGUAGUUGCUGGUCAAAGACUUCAGUAAUGGUGGCACCUGUGGAAAACAGAGCAGACAAUUUAUAAUGCAUCUAAUUUCUUGGUCUUCUAAUGUUGAAAAUAUUCUCUUUGAGGACUUCUCAAUUCUGUAUCCUCUGAUAAUUUUUAAUAGAAACGGACUAUACUCUGGCUUACUCAGGUCAUUCUGCAUCUGAUAAAACUUCUGGUAUCUCUAGCAUUUCAUAUCUUCAGUGCUAAUAGUCCGGAACUGGUACCUGUGUCGGUCCAUCCUCCAGCUUGUCUGAGUUGCAUAGAAAAGCAUAAUUCUUCUUACACUUCAUCAGAAAUAUUUUGUCCCACUUUAUUAGUAAUGAGACAAAAGAGAAUUGUGAAAAGUCUAAAACUCCAAAUAGAAGAAAUUCAAGAACAGAGGAUUCUGCCGCUCCACAGGAAACUGUAGAGAACGGACAGCGCAAGAGGUCCUCCCGACCAGCGUCUGCAUCCAGCACUGCAAAAGGUAAAAUCCACAGCCGUCAUUUCUCUGGAGAGGGCAGGAAGUAAUGUACUGCCCCAAGUAAUAACCCCUUCAAUAGCUGGCUCAUAAUGAUGGUUUACAGCUUCUAAGUGUGCUUUUAAAUCUAGUUUCAAAGAUUUAGACACAGGUUGGUGUUGAAGUAUUGACCGACAUCUGUACUGGCAGUGAAUCUUGUAUGAAUUUCCCGUUGUUAAAUUUGUGGAGCUUGUUUUCUGCAGUGCUCAACAACAUAGCGUUCAGCAAGCUUGCCUAGUUCAAGUUGAAUCCUCUUGGCAGAAACGUGUUGCCAUUGAAAGGACUGUACUCAAGUUAAAAAGUCACUUUUGUUUUUGUUUUCCUGAAGCCUGAAAGCCACAAGACAGAUGCUAAAGUCUUCCCAAGUGCACGGUCAGCUCUUGUGAAGCCAAAUGCUGUGGUUCAGGCAUGUUCAGAACGCUGCCUGGAUGGCAGCCUGGAGCACCGAGGAGUGCUGUGUGCUAGCACAGAGCCUCAGCUGUUCUUUCCAAGAACAUGUGAAAUCCUAAAGUUACAGAUACUAACCCAUGGCAUUAGCAGUUGCUGACGUGCCUUAUUGCUACCCAGGUUUCAAUCUCGAACAAAGUAUGCAGCAUUUGUGUGAAACACGUGGUCAUUGCCAGAAUGCACAGUCCAUGGUGCCAUUCUGUGUUUCUGAAGCUAAACUCUGUCAGCUCCUUAUACUUAAGGGUCAGAAAAAUUCUGAUGGACAAAAGUUGUGCAGAAGGGUAGAGAGAACCCGUCAAGAGGCAACAUUCAACCAAUAUUUUAAAGAUAACAUACAGAACAAAGAGGUAUUGGUAUAAAAUUCUUAUAAAAGGAAGUCAAGUUGAAUUCAGCAACCAUUUUCCAUACUGAAGAUACUAAAAUUGGAUGGUAAGAAUAUUUUCAUUUUAAGAGUUUCAGAGAAGACUUCCAGCUGUACAUAAUUGUGUGAUGAAUCUCAAAGAUGACAUGGAGGGACCUGUAUGUUCUGCACUUUUGUGGCUGCUGAAUUUCAUUAAAUCUACUUGUGGCUGGAUUGUGCAGAAGAAUCUGAGUCUGUAUUGUAAAAAUCAAUUCUCUUUCAUGAUUGUGAAGAUAAGCUUGAAAAAUGUGAAGCCAAUGUAAAAUCUUUAGAUUUGGUGAUACUGUCCUGAGUGUGAAGGGACCUGAAAUGUAUGGGCCUGCCCCCAUACUGUAACGAGUAAACCUAAAGAUGACAACCAGUGGCAUGUCAAAUUCUGAGAAUGUGGGAACAUGAAAGUACAUCAAGUUGAAAUAAUGCCAGAACUCAGAGGUUUUGUACUGACUGUAUGAUUUGUUUACCUCUGUAAGUAAAAUCAUUGCUUUAAAAACAUGCACCUGAAACUGCUGCAGUAUCUAAGGGGUUUGCUUGAAAACACUGAUCCAGCUUACCAGGUGGUACCUUAGACUGUGGUUACCUUCUCUCCAUGCGAGCAAUGCCUGCUUCCAGGUGGUAGAGAAAAUGAGCCAAGCAAGGCUCUCUUGUGGAUAAGGACAGGCUGGAGGGUUGGUGAGGGAGCUGGUAUAAGGGGGUUUGCGGCUUGUGCCUACUCUGGUCUGUGUUUUUGUUAGUGAAUCAUAGCUUAAGAAAGCUUAGUUUAUAUGCUCCUGGCCUCCUAGACAUCUGCAGUUACCUUGUCUACGUCCUGAGAAACUCUAGUCUGUGUUAACGAGGAUUGGGGCUGGGAGAAGCUCCCUUUAGAUAAGGGUGGAUUAAGGUCACUAUAGAAAUGGCAAUUAGGAAAAAACUGAAAUGUGGCAGGGAGAGAGAAGUAAACUUUGACCAGUCGGUGUAGGAAUCCCCUUGCUAAGCAUCAGGAAGGAGAAGGCAGAAGGGUAACUGUAAGAGAAGGACCACAGCAGCAGGGCUGGCUGCAGCAGCUGCUGCUUGAGCUGCUUCCGUAGUGCUGCUGCUUGGAGGGCACUGUGGUAAGUGGGAGUUGUGAGGUGUUCCACUUCUGAAACCUGGUGCUGUGUUGGUAUUGUCACUCCUUGGAGUACUUUUCCAGCAAGGGCUGUUGCAGCGUUUGCUGUAGUUUUGAGUUUGUUAAAUUUUGUAAUGUUGCUUUAUUUUGGUUUUUAAACACAACAUAUAACAGCCAUGGAGUUGUAGUGUUGCUCCUCUAGCUUUAGAUGUCUUGGGUGUCUUGGAAAUCUUUUCCCUAUUGACUCUUAAAAUACACACAGCUCUAAUAGCUUUUGGAAAAUACUGUCAAGAGCCAAAGAUACAUUGCCAACGUUUAAAAUCCCAUUUUUGAAAGAUCUAAAGAUGCAAAUACCCUUGGUCCUUACUCUCUUCGUUUUGUUUUGAAAUGGAAACGUUAGUGCCUUGGUAAGUGCACUGAACAUGUCAUCUGCUUUCACUGCAGCUUCCACGAGCGCUGCUUCUCACAGUGUUUUGUAUCUUUCUGCAUAGCUGCUUUUCUGUGCAUCAUAAUGUACACUCAAGAGACUCGUUUUCUAAUGACCUGAUUUGCCAAGGACUCGAACAACUACAUUUGUAAUUCAUGUGGCAGGCUCCAAAUGACCUUCCUAAGUGUUUUUUAUAGCACCAUCUCCAUGACGCUGACUCCCAUUGCCACAGUUUGUGCCUAGUGCCCGUUUCACGGAGUCUUUCUCCUGUGGUACAUCUGAGCACGUUGUGCGUGUGGGGAACUAACAUUAAACACUUAAACAUACAAAACCACACAGAUCUUAAGGCUGAUACAUUGCGAGUUCAGCAUUGCUGAAGCCCUAACGCUUGGAAGUCGUGCCCUACCAGAGCUGGGGAACGCUGAGCUGUGUCACAGCGUUGGUGUUUGUGUUGUGACUUGGUGAAGAGUCAGUCCCGGGUCUGUGGGAAUCCCAGUCCUCCGAGGUUUCCACUCUGGUGUGAUUGUGGAAGGGCAAUCUGUGCACCUCUGGUGAAUGGCUUAUCGACUUCGUAUCCAUGCUUCUUUUCUUCUCUUAAUUUCAGAAACGAGUGCCAGUGCAAUGCAGUCAAAAAGAAGAAAAUCCAAGUAAAUUACUGCAUGGAAACAUGAAACUUGUAAAUGAGUGUGAAUUUACCAAUAGCAAUUUUGAGCUGUGAUUUUUCUUUUUUUAAAUAAAAUUCUGUACAGUAAAGUCCUUUUAAUAUUAUCCUGUUCCCAAGAAAUGAUUUUUUUUUUUUUUUUCUAAAAAACAGAUAAAUAGAUAUAAAAACUGGGUUCUUCUAAAACCCCCUGGACUUACAAAGCGAAGCCCAGGGUUAGCACAUUAGGUUAAUGUGUUUGUAUGAAAUGGAAGGGGAGGGGAAGACAAUUGUAAAUUUAUUUGUUUCCACUUUUCAUAAAUUAGAAUACAGGGUUGUCAUUUUUAGGUAUUAAAAAUAAUGUAUUGUGCUGUUGUUUAAGUACUGUAUGUGAAUAGCAGUAAGAGGGUUUAGAAACAAACCCAAUCAUGUUUGGAAAUGUAAAUAAUUUUAUUAUAUAGUAGAUCUGAUGUAUUUGUUGUAGAAAUGGACCAGUGAAACAAAACAAAAACAAAAUAAAUGUAAGGGUUUGUAUAAUGUGGAAUCCCUCAUGCUCUAAAUAAAUGUUAUUGUCCUAUAA